UUUAAAGUCGUCCGUCAAGGUACUCCAGGUGAGUUUUCGAGUAAACUCGUAGCAGAACGUGCUUUUCCAAAGGGUUCUGUUAUUGCUGAACUCAAGGGAUUGACACCUGGUGAAAAACGGUACUCUUCUGUUCAAGUGUCUGAAAAUGAACAUAUUGAGUUAAACAGUGAUCUUCUCUACAUGAAUCAUUCAUGUGACCCUUCUGCCAUAAUGGACGUCGAUCGCAUGGCUGUCACUGCUAAUAAAGAUAUUGCUCCUGGUGAUGAAUUGACCUUCUUUUAUCCUUCCACUGAAUGGGAUAUGGCACAACCUUUCUCUUGCUGGUGUGGCUCAUCAAAGUGUAUCAAAACCGUACAAGGUGCUCAAUAUUUAUCUACACAAGUCCUGAAUCAAUUUCAUCUCAGUAAACACAUUACGGAACUG